AUGGCGUCCAACGGCCGUGGAGACAUCGCCCUCCUGUGUCUGGUAUACAGCGAAACCCUCGAUGAAAAUUAUGAAUCGCUCAUUGGGGAAUUGAGUAGGAGAUACAACUUAGUACGGUUACCAACAGCCUCAGUUGCACGCACAUAUCUAGCGAAUCACAGCCCGAAGAAAAUCAUUGUGACAGACGGGGGCAUAAGCGAGCCAGAGAACCAAGACAUAGCGAGAAGGUUAAAGACCUAUCUCGAGGAUGGUGGAUUGGUAACAUUCGCGCUGGACUUUGCGAGCUCUAUUUCUGGGGAUGAAUUCAACAAUCUCUUUGGUCGGAAAUUUGGCACACCCUGGGAGUAUGACGGCAGCUGCAAGACCAUUUGUCGAUUCAAUGCAAACUGCAUUGUCCCAGCCGGACCGGUUCCUAACUGCUCCUAUAAUAUGGAGGCACAUCUAAUCAAGAACGCUUCACCUAUCGAGCGAAUUGUUGUUCCGCUGGGAAGUUCCAUGGUAAGACCCAAGGAACAGGGUCAAGCCGCGGUAGUUGGAAGGAAGCAAGGCAAAGGAUAUUUAAUCUAUUGUGGGAACGAGAGUGUUGAGGAGGAAUUGGGCAAGAUGUUACUGCUUAUGUGCAUCUAG